UUUUUAGUUUCCGCCAACCGCCGUCUCCGCUGACGGCUGACCCUCCUCUUCUCUCUUCGUCGACGGGAGAAAAUCCGAUAUCAAUUGAGAUUCCAGACAGGGGAAUUAAGAUGUCGACAGGUAUAUCCACAGAUCUUCGAGUCCAUCCUAAUUUCUCCACAACCUACAAAUCCGGUUUAAGCAGUCGAAAGGUGUCUUUUUCGAGAGUCGGGUAUGCUCAGAAUAGGAAAUUCAGCUGCAGUGUUUCUUCCAAGACAGAGAAUGUAGCUCCUAUAGAUGAUGAAAGACGAAAGGAUAGACCUUUGGUUAAGAUGUGCGGUAUCACAUCAGCCAGAGAUGCUGCUAUGGCAGUUGAGGCUGGUGCUGAUUUCAUCGGGAUGAUUAUUUGGCCUAAUUCAAAACGAUCCAUUUCUCUUUCUGUUGCAAAGGAUAUUUCCAAAGUGGCCAGGGAUGGUGGGGCCAAACCUGUUGGUGUUUUUGUUGAGGAUGAUGAGAGCACGAUACUGAGAGCAGCUGAUGCCUCAGACCUUGAGCUCGUGCAGCUUCAUGGUAAUGGUUCACGUGCUGCUUUCUCGGGAUUAGUACGCGAAAGGAGAGUCAUAUAUGUUCUAAAUGCAAGUGUGGAUGGAAAGCUCCUGAAUGCAGUUCCUGAAGAAGAUUGUCAUCUCGCUGAUUGGAUUCUUGUGGAUAGUGCAACGGGUGGGAGUGGUAAAGGAUUUAAUUGGGCUCAGUUCAAGUUGCCCUCCAUCAGAAGCAGAAAUGGGUGGCUCUUAGCUGGGGGAAUCAAUCCAACAAACGUUUCAGAAGCUCUUUCUAUCCUUCAACCUGAUGGAAUUGAUGUUAGUAGCGGUAUUUGCAGCACAGACGGCAUCCAGAAGGAUAAGUCUAAGAUAAGUUCCUUCAUAACUGCAGUUCGCUCUGUACAGUACUAAUGUGCUAGCAAUAUAAGCCAAGGUGAUUUAUCUUGUAAGGUUUCAAGCACAACCUGUUUCCUGUCAUGAAGAUUUGAAUUGUAACUGGUUCAUGAAAAAUAGUGCCCUUGCUUUUCAUCAGUAAUAGAUUUAAAUUAAAAGUGUUGGUUUGACUACCAUAAUAAUGUCGUUGGGCUCUAAAGAACAAGAUCCUUGUAUGAAAUAUAUCCAUCUGAAUAUUUGAUU